ACAAUGAUUUUUCCAAAAUUAGCUCCUUUUAUUAUUUUCCUUUUCUUCAUUUCUACCUCCAUUAAUGCCAUCACAACUCCAAGAACUCGAUCUCAACUCUACAUCAUCAAACAGUUUUUAACUCUUCAAAACAAGGCCCGUGCCACCCAACGACUGCCGCCAUUGGUGUGGGAUGCAGGCCUGGCACGCUAUGCGGAUAUGUAUGCUAGGCAAAGGCGGCAAGAUUGCUUGUUGAAGCAUUCGAAUGGGCCUUAUGGGGAGAAUAUAUUUUGGGGGAGUGGCGACAGGUGGACUCCGGCUCAAGCAGCAACGGCGUGGGUGGCAGAACAACGAUGGUAUAACUAUGGCUUGAAUUCGUGUGGCGGAGGAAGGGAGUGUGGGCAUUAUACACAGAUCGUUUGGAAAAAGACCAAGAGGAUUGGGUGCGCUCGCGUGACAUGUUUCGGGGGUAGGGGAGUUUUCAUGACGUGUAACUAUUUUCCUCCCGGAAAUUAUAUCGGUGAGAAGCCUUACUGAGUUUUAACGAUAUUUUUGGCACAAUUUGUACUAAUAAAAUAUGCACAUUUUCUUUUUCAUGAUUUUGGAAAUAUCCAAAAUGGUUCAUUUCCAUUUUUAUCUUAUAAAUAAAUUGAUGGGUAUUU